AUGUCGAAUUAUCACUGGAAGCAACCGCUGCACGAAGCCGCUCAAACUAGUCAAACGGGAUAUGUUGCAUUUCCGGUCGAUGCAGCCCAAGUUCCGAUCAAUUUUCUAAAACGAGCUGAUUGGACUUCGCUGAUGCUUGCAUGUGUGAACCCCGGUCGAAUGAGUGCCACAAAUCAGUCGGACAUCUCCUAUAUUGAAUGUGCGCGUAUUUUGCUCAGUCGCGGUGCAGAUCCCACGUUCACCAAUAAAGAUGGCUGGAACUGUUUGCAGGUAUGA